AUGCCGGCAUCCCGAAACACUUGUUCCCAGGGAACAGUUAUCGUAGUGGUUGACGGCUGCACCAGCCACGAACAAGCAUAUGCCAUUCAGGAGAUGUUCGUCGAUUGGUUUCCACAUGGGCUCAAGUUGAAGUUCAAGAUCAAGGCCGGGGCUCAGAAGUUGGAGGUCGCCGUGAACGAGAAGGUGUUGGUUUCAAAGCAUUUGUCAAAGCUUUUGGAAGAGGACGUCACGGGGCUUUGGCCGACAGAUAAAGCAAAGAUCAAGGCUGAGAUUCGUGGUUGGCUUGAGGAUUCGCCUAAGGAGCUACUCCAAAAGGCGACUUUGCGGGACCCCUCUGUGAGAGAGAAGACAGGAAGCAGCUGGUUUGAGAUCAUCGGCUCCAUCAUAGUCAUCCUCUCCAUCGGUAUCGGUAUAUACACAUUGACCUACUUUAUGGCAAUGGGUCUUAAGUCGGGGCCCAGUGCGGAGACCGAGCCUCUGGUGGACAACUAUGAGCUCUGA